UUUACCAUUCGUUGACACGAGGAAAUGGUGUCACACUUCGAUUUCUCAAAAGCGAAAACAAACUCUGAACUCUCCCCCAACUGUACGGCCUUUCAGAGGCCCAUCACCAUCUACCUCCCUUUCUCCGUCUCCUUCUCUCCUUCCUCAACUUCCCUUCUUCAGCUCUUCUUCUCUUCUGCUCUGUUCUACUUGGACAUUUCCUCCUUAAUCCCUCCGCUGCACGUCCAGCCGCAGCAUUAUCCGGCGGGCGGAGUCAACAAAGAUCGACCAAUACCAAAAUAGACGGCGCGGAGACUCGCUGUGAUCUCCGUGUCCCAUGGAGUCUCUCUCCCGUGCUUCCAUUACUAACCCCGGGACCCUGUCUCCCUCCUCCUCUUCCGCCUCUUAUUUUCUGUUUCCUCGACGUUUCCGCCGUUCCAAUGGUUUCUCCUCGUCCUCGGCUUUCGGGAAUCUCCGCAGAAUUGUGAGCAGGUGCCGAGUUCGUGCUGAGAUUGAGAAGCCGAAUGCUCCGGUGAUCGAUUUUAGUGAUCCAGAGUGGAGGAUCAAGUAUCAGAAGGAUUUUGAGCGCCGUUUCAAUAUUCCGCACAUCACUGAUGUCUUCCCCGACGCCAAGCCGAUUCCUUCAACGUUUUGUCUGCGAAUGAGGACUCCAGUGUCUGAGGAUUUCGCCGGCGGUUAUCCUUCUGAUGAGGAGUGGCAUGGUUACAUCAAUAAUAACGAUAGGGUCCUUCUCAAGACCAUAAAUUUCGCAUCUCCCAACUCAGCUGGAGCAGUGUGCAUUGACCCUGACUGUACCUGGGUUGAACAAUGGGUUCACCGUGCUGGACCUCGGGAGAAGAUUUACUUCAAACCUGAGGAAGUUAAGGCUGCUAUUGUUACUUGUGGUGGAUUGUGUCCUGGCCUCAAUGACGUCAUCAGACAGGUUGUCAUCACACUUGAAAUAUAUGGUGUCAAAAGUAUUGUGGGGAUUCCUUUUGGUUAUCGUGGAUUUUCUAACAGUGACUUGAGUGAAAUGCCACUAUCAAGGAAAGUGGUUCAGAAUAUCCAUCUUUCUGGUGGAAGUUUGUUGGGAGUUUCACGUGGAGGCCCCAGUGUCAGUGACAUUGUUGAUAGGAUGCAGGAAAAGGGAAUCAACAUGAUUUUUGUACUAGGUGGGAAUGGUACACAUGCUGGGGCGAACGCCAUACACGAAGAGCAGUGCCGUAAAAGAAAGCUGAAGGUAGCUGUAGUUGGGGUACCAAAGACCAUAGAUAAUGACAUUUUAUUGAUGGAUAAAACUUUCGGUUUCGAUACUGCUGUAGAAGAAGCACAAAGAGCAAUAAAUUCUGCUUAUAUUGAGGCUCACAGUGCCUAUCAUGGAGUUGGAAUCGUGAAAUUAAUGGGACGUCACAGUGGUUUUAUAGCCAUGCAUGCAUCCCUUGCUAGUGGACAGAUUGAUAUUUGCUUGAUCCCAGAGGUACCGUUUCAAUUACAUGGACCUCAUGGUGUCUUGACGCAUCUCAAAUACUUGAUUGAGACAAAGGGAUCCGCUGUGGUCUGUGUGGCCGAAGGAGCUGGACAGAACUUGCUUCAGAAAACCAACGCCACGGAUGCAUCUGGAAACAUGGUACUUGGUGACAUUGGCGUACAUAUCCAACAAGAGACGAAGAAGUACUUUCGGGAGAUUGGCGUCCAUGCUGAUGUCAAGUACAUCGAUCCAACAUAUAUGAUUCGUGCAUGCCGUGCAAAUGCGUCAGAUGGGAUUCUAUGCGCUGUUCUUGGGCAAAAUGCUGUAAGCUUUCCCCUGAUUCCCCUUCCUCCCCUGUGACAGGGCUGAAACAACUGCAAUCAGCACUCCUCGUCGCUUCCACUUGAUCUCUUAGAUGCACUGUUCUUCUGUGGCAGGUCCAUGGCGCAUUUGCAGGAUACAGCGGGAUCACAGUGGGGAUAUGCAACACCCAUUACGUCUACUUCCCGAUUCCUGAAGUCAUCGCUUACCCGAGACCCGUAGAUCCCAACAGCCGCAUGUGGCAUCGUUGUUUGACCUCCACAGGGCAGCCCGACUUCAUCUAAUCUUUAGCUUGGAACUUCCAUUCUGGACCUCUAGAACCAUAUCCAGGUUUAUAAUGACAGCCAGGUAAAACAAUGAUUUUAUCUCCCCCACCAUUUGUUCGUUGUAUAGCAAUUUGGUGCCUAGUUUAUUCUUUCCCUUCUCCGCGGAGUCGUAGAGGCACCACCGGUGUUUGAAUAAAGCUGUAUUUAUAGGAGUCGCACAGUCGGAGGAUGGUGUGCUUGAUUCCAUGAUUUUUGUAGUUAAGCCACAAGGGCUGAAAAUGGCUGGUUCUUUCCUUAUGUGACAGACAGAUAAGAGAGACCCAACGAGAAAUUGUUGCCUGUUGGCGUUCUUUAUUUCGCUACGUUAGAAUUUGGUCAUCGAAGUUUGCCCAAUAUGGAAUAAAAUUGAACAUUGUUUGUUAGUAAUUUAUCUUUGCCUUCUAGAUUUAAUUGAGCAGUGUAGUCGUCAAAAUCAUGAUUCUAAAUAGAAGCGUUUU